AUGGUUGGGAUCGCUUCUCUUCAGCCGUUGAGAGUGAGAGAGCAAGAUGCUGCUGUUGCUGAAACACAUCAAUUUCGCCGAGUAAUAUGGUACAAAGAUCCGGGCAUGAGGAAACUCUAUUCACUGGCUAUGGUUUUGUGUUUAGCGUCCGCCACAACAGGUUACGAUGGAUCUAUGUUAAAUGGUUUACAAAUCCUGGAUAUAUGGCAAGAUUACUUCCACCAUCCAACGGGAUCGAUACUGGGCUUGUUUGGAUCCAUUUAUAGCAUUGGUGGUCUUGCCGGCUUACCCUUCGCUCCGUAUAUAGCGGAUCACUAUGGUCGUCGCAUUGCGAUCAUAACAGGAUGUCUGCUACUCUUUGUUGGGGUUGCAGUCCAAAGUGCAGCUCAAAACUUCUCUAUGUUUAUUGCCGCUCGUUUUUUUGUUGGAUUCGGAAACAGCAUAGUCUCCAACGCCGCGCCUCUACUUCUCACUGAGAUUUGCCAUCCGCAACAUAGAGGGCGAGUCACAACAGUAUACAAUCAACUCUGGGAUAUCGGAUCCAUUGUCGCAACAUGGAUAACCUUCGGCACUUUUAGUAUCAAGAACAACUGGUCUUGGAGAAUUCCGUCUAUUUUCCAAGCGUUGCCAACUUUAGUGCUGUUUAUCUUCAUCUGGGUUGUUCCUGAAUCCCCGCGUUGGCUUCUCUCGAAGGAGCGAGAUGAGGAGGCCCUAGAUAUCUUGGCCAAAUAUCACGCUAACGAAAACAAAUCAGAUAGAGACGUGCUAUUUGAAUUCUACGAGAUUCGGGAGACACUACGACUCGAGUUCGCGGCCAAGAAAGCCAGUGGUUACUUGGACUUCUUCCGAACAAAGGGCAAUACAUAUCGCCUUCUUCUAGUCCUCGCGCUAGGUCUUUUUUCUCAGUGGAGUGGCAACGGCUUGACUAGUUACUACUUCGCCCUAGUCAUGGAUAGCAUUGGUGUCACUGACGCGGACACUCAAUUCAAGAUCAAUGGCUGCAAAACCAUACUUUCGUUGAUUGUCGGCCUUAUUAGUGCAGCUGUUGUUGACAGAGUUGGCCGUCGGCCUUUAUUUCUCGCAGCAACAUCGGGGAUGUUUGUUUGCUUCGUCCUCUGGACUGCCUGUUCGGCUCUUUACGACCUUCACCAUAAUCUAGCAGCUGGCAAAACUGUGAUCUUUUUCAUCUUCCUCCACGGAGUAUUCUACAAUAUCGCCUGGUCAGGUCUACUAGUCGGAUAUACUGUCGAGAUUAUGCCAUAUAGAAUUCGUGCAAAAGGACUUAUGGUUAUGAACUUCUUCGUCCAGGUGGGAUUGGUUUUCAACCAAUAUAUCAACCCCAUUGGCCUAAGCCAAUUGCAACCUCGGUGGCGCUUCUACUCGAUAUACUGCGGCUGGCUUUGUUUCGAAGUCAUUUUCGUCUUCUUUUUCUUUAUUGAAACUCGCGGGCCUACCCUUGAAGAAAUUGCGAAGAUCUUUGACGGGCAGGAUGCUCAAGUGGCAAAUGUGGACAUUCAUGUUCUCGAGGAUAAGCAAACAGUGGUUGAAAUGGAAACCACGGAUUUAGAUGCGGAACGGCGAGUUUAG